AGGUGGUCUUGUGAUGUAGCCGGGUUUGAAGCACCGUCUCCCGGCCCGCCUCCCAGCUGAGAUUCCCCCGUGGUUCCGUCUUCUCGCCUCGGCUCGUGUCCUCCUCCAGCAGGACUCUCCUCCUGGACAAAGAUGGAGCUCCGGACGAUCCUGCCCGCUGUCCUCGUGCUCUCCGCCGCCUCGCUGCAGCCGGUGACCGGCGCGGUUUCACGGAGAGGGCCGAAAGUCACCGAGAAGGUGUUUUUUGACAUCACAGUGGCGGGUCACGAGGUGGGGAGGAUCGUGAUUGGUCUGUUUGGAGAAGUCGUCCCUCUCACUGUGAAUAACUUUGUUGCCCUGGCAACAGGGGAGAAAGGUUACGGCUACAAAGGAACGAAGUUUCACAGAGUCAUCAAGGAUUUUAUGAUCCAAGGAGGAGACUUCACAGCAGGAGACGGGACUGGAGGUCACAGUAUCUAUGGCACAACGUUUGCAGAUGAAAACUUCAAACUGAAGCAUGUAGGAGCUAGCUGGGUGAGCAUGGCCAACGCUGGUACAGACACCAACGGGUCUCAGUUCUUCAUCCUGGCUACCAGAGCACCGUGGCUGGACGGGAAACACGUGGUCUUUGGAAAAGUCCUGGACGGGAUGUCUGUCGUUCACACCAUUGAGCUUCAGGACACCAACGAUAGAAACCUGCCAUACACCGAGUGUGUGAUCGUCAACAGCGGAAAGAUCCCCGUUAAAGAGCCCUUCGUGGUGGAGGUGGAAGGCUGGACACAGAAUUAAAUUCUUAUAGACCAGUGAUCAAUCAGACCUCACAUUUUCAUAGUGCCAAAUUUAUAUAUUCACUUUAUGGCUUUAGCAUUUUCACAUGCUAAUGCUAGCAUGGGUUUAUUGUGAUUUUGGUUUAAAAAGUCUGGAUUUAGGCUGUUGUGCAAAUUUAAAACAGGUUUCUUACAAUAUCAGUGCCAAAAAAAGAAAGAUAACCACUCUGACCUGCUAGAUAAUGUUAGCAUGUUAUCAUGCUCCAAAUGUUAGCAGAGGUGGGUUAACUAGCUAAAGCUGUAUAUGACGUCUGAUUUCUACUGGAUGCAGAAGCAAGUCUAAUAUAUGUUAGAUUUUUCUUUAUUAUUAGAAAGCCAAACAGGAAAUUGGUCAAUUUAAAAAAUGUGUAUGUAAAGUUAAUUUAUUAAUUUAUCAUUCUUCUAUUAUGAAGUAGAAACUAAAACAUAUAAGCAAAAAUUAAGUGGUUUGGUGUUUGAUGUGUGCUUGCAUAUAGAUAGAUAGAUAGAUAGAUAGAUAGAUAGAUAGAUAGAUAGAUAGAUAGAUAGAUAUCAUAAAACUGUAUGAAAACCUGGAGAUAUCAUGAAAUUGAUUGCAUUUUUUGGGCGCAGAAUUGAUCGGGUUCGCUGUGGUUCAUGGCGUCUCUGAACAACAUGAGAUGCUGCAAUCAGGUCUGCACAUGCUCAGUUGAACGUUUUCUGUUGCCAUGUGUUCCUGAAGAUUCUCAAUGCAAAGAGCUGCUCCUAGUGGUCCGAUUCGAAGGAAAUUCUUAGAAUCAUGAUGUUUUCUUAGAAUUUCUGCAACAAAAGUGAAGAGUAGAUCCUAGUAAAGAGAAAAUCUAUUCCUAAAGAAUCUCAGCUCUUCAGAGAGUUUCUCAGACAGGGUGUUAAGAGCAGGGAAGAGGACUUUUUAGAGGCUUAGCACUUCCCUAAGCAGAGGAGAAAAUGGUGGACAGAAGAAGCACAUGACAUAUUCUCCACAGUGAAUUAAUUACACGCUACAGAUUGGAUCGUGAAGGAAUCAUGUUUGUGGUUGUUCAUGAAAUCUACCUCUAACACUUUUAUGCUCAUUGACCACCUGAGCCAGGAGCAAACACUGCUCCUCCGGCCAGGUGGGUUUCCUUCUUGUCUGUUCACUGGUUGGUGGAGGAUCUCGAUGCCGACCAACUCUGCUUCUAUAGGCCGGUUAGCAAUCACAGACAGAUAGAAGCUGAGCCAUUUUACCCUCUUUAAUACUAAACAGAGCCUGGUAAAUAAAUGUAAGCAAAUAAACUUUCUACACGUUCUGUAGGGUCAUUUCUAUUUAUUUAACAGAGUUUUUUUAUGUAAAAUAUUAUUUAGAAUCACACAGAUUAGAUUCAGUGAUUAAGUCUGUUGAUCUGACAGUCCAUUCUCCGUUAUCUCCAAAGGUCUAUUUUUAUCUGGCUUUUAGAAUCAACCAAUCACAGCCUUUGAAAUGAUGACUCAUACCUAGAACAGGGUCGAUCACACCUCCUCAUUGAGAAAGGAUGUCUGUCCAUUUCUUGCUCAGAAGUCCCUGAAAAUGUUCUGGAAUCAGUCCAAAGCUAAAGCUGUGUCCCAAUUCAGGGUCUGCACACUUCGGAGUGCACAGACAAUGUAGUCCACGGAGUGUCGUUCAUAAUCUACAGAGUGCCCUACGUAAUCUACGGAAUGGCCUACGUAGUCCACGGAGUGUCAUUCGUAAUCUACAGAGUGUCCUACGUAGUCCACAUAGUGUCAUUCGUAGCCUAUGGAGUGUCCUAUGUCCACGGAGUGUCGUUCAUAAUCUAUGGAGUGUCCUACAUAGUCUACGGAGUGUCCUACAUAGUCUGCGUAGUGUUAUUCGUAAUCUACGGCGUGUCCUACAUAGUCUACGGAGUGUCCUCCGUAGUCCACGGAGUGUUAUUCGUAAUCUACGGAGUGUCCUACGUAGUCCAUAUAGUGUCAUUCGUAACCUACGGAGUGUCCUAUGUAGUCCACGUAGUGUCAUUCGUAACCUAUGGAGUGUCCUAUGUCCACGGAGUGUCGUUCAUAAUCUACGGCGUGUCCUACAUAGUCUACGGAGUAUCCUACGUAGCUUGCACUCCGAUGCCGCUUACUGUUUGUGAAAUGAGACAGCCUACCAAGCCGACAAGAAUUUCUCAUAGCAGCAACGUAGGAUAUGAAUCACUCAAACCUCUAAGUUUGCAUAUCAUAGGACACCUUAGUGAACGUUAACACAGACCAAAUUGGUUCUACCUUAAAUUUUAACUGGAUAUUUAAAAAAAAAAAAUUAAUAAAAUACUACACAAUUUUGAUGCCGCCGUUUAACAAACACAUUUUUAAUGUAUUUGGUUUUGUCACAUUUCUACUAAAGUGAUGUAAAUGAAAAACGUUCACUUCGGAGCAUUUUUGCUCAAUCGCCUUCGCUGCCGGCUAAGUAGUGCGGUUCGUCGGGUGGGUUCAGAGGCACCUUCCACAUGGGACAGGGCUUAGCGCCACUGUGACGUUUGUAGCCGACAAACCUGCACUUCGAAGUUUGUAGACGUAAAAUAGGACACAGCUAAAGACUCCUUGCUAGGAAGUUUUAGGUUAAGUUUGGAGCUCUCUCAGAGGAUUCUCAGAAUCUUUAAGAAUAUGGCUCGUGGUCUCCGAACUCAACUUUAACCCACUUUAUUCUUUUCGUUUAUUAAACUUUGCUAAUUGUAAACAUGAGAAAUAUUUUUGGUAGUGAAUUGGACAGGAUGUGCACACGAGUAUCACACAUCAGGCAGCAACUCGCAUUAGCUUAAAACAAGCUAAUAGUUUUUAUAUGUUAGCAUACAUCAUAUUCAGUGGAUGUGCUAGUUAGCAUCAUCAGUUUGCAUCAAAAUAUACAGACAAGUCGUUGGAUUUACCAACAUUUGUUUUCCUGUUCUGUCUGCUCAUAACCCGAGACGGAUGCUGUGAAACUAAACAUGACGUGUAUCAUGGAAACUUGCACUUUCAGAUGUAGCUCACGUUGCCAAAUCAUUAUUUACCAAAACCAGAUCUAAUGAGUAAAAUAUCUGUUUAAAGAAUGUUUAUAUUCUUAUGCAAAACUCAGCAAGUGACAGGGACCACUUUAUCUUGUGAAGCUUUUUAGCUGAAAAUGUAGAGUUUUUGUUGCACAUUCAAACACAUUAUGCAACAUAUCUUAGCAACAAUAUCAGCACAAAUCAUGUUUAAAAAGUAGAUGUUAGUUCUGCUCAUUACUGAUUUUAAAUGUUGUAUUCUGUUGCUGUGACCUUGUUAGCAUUUACUCCUUGCUGGUGUUCUAAUGUAGAAAACUGACUUUCAUGAUGUCAUUAACGUUUGUGAAGCAUUUAAAACUUCUUUAACAGACAUUUUGGGAUUUUUGUUGUUACCAUUUUCAUUUAUAUACUUGAAUUUUCUGCAAUAAAUCUGCUGAUGCAAAACAA